CACAAAUAUAUUAUUAAACUGAGCUUGAGGAGCAGCCCUUCUUCAAAUUGAAGCAGAGUCGCUUCAUGGAAAAUCAGAGUAUUAUUAAAGCAAGACGAGAUUUGCCAGGACAUUUCAGAAGGUAAUCAAUCUCAGGAACGCAAAAAGGAUCGCGUCCAGUAAUGGCAUCUGUGCUCUGGUUUCCCACAACAAGUUCAAAGAAGAUUCCAGUAUUCAUGGAGGAAAAUCCCAAGUCUUCGAGAGACGUGAAGAAGAUGUCAAAGCUCGAAACAGGGCAGUCAUGGAAGCUCUGGUUGCGAAGCUUUUUGCAAGCGUUACUUCAAUCAAAGCAGCUUACGCCGAGCUUCAAAUGGCACAGAGUCCUUACAACAGCGACGCAAUUCAAGCUGCAGACCAAGCGGUGGUGGACGAAUUAAAGGUCAUUUCAGAGUUGAAACGAAGCUUCUUAAAGAAAGAACUCGAUCUCUCACCCCAGGUCACGUUAAUGCUCUCGGAGAUUCAAGAACAGCAAAGUUUGAUGAAAACCUACGAAAUCACGAUUAAGAAAAUGCAGGCUGAAUCGGAGCAUAAGAAUGCUGGCAUUGUCUCGUUGAAGAAAAAACUUGGUGAAUUACUUUCGUUCAACAAGUCGUUGGAGAAGAAGCUGGAUGCAAGUGGCUCUUUAUCCAUGUUUGAUAAUCUUCAAUUUCCGAUUCUGAAUCCGACUCACUUUGCCCAAUUCCUCCAUUAUACCGUAAGAUCCAUCAGAAAUUUCGUGAAAUUGAUGAUCCGCGAAAUGGAAUCAGCAAGCUGGGACCUCAACGCGGCCAUCGAAUGCAUCGUCGGUUCGGACACCGAAUUCCCAGAGCCAACCCAUCGAAGCUUCGCUUUCGAAUCGUUCGUCUGCAAAAUAAUGUUCGAAGGUUUUACAACCGACACAAAUUUCAUACUCCAAAACGAUUCCCUACCUCUCGAUGAGCAGCAAAACCACCAAAUGUUCGAUAAAUUCAAGAAGCUCAAACCAGUAAAUCCAAAAAUAUUCAUAUCUCAAAACCCCAACUCCUCAUUCGCUAAAUUCACCCGCUCCAAGUACCUCCAACUCGUCCACGCGAAAAUGGAGUGCUCACUCUUCGGAAAUCUGAACCAGCGGAAAAUCAUGAACUCCGGCGGUGUUCCCGACACGACGUUCUUCGCCGCCUUCGCCGAGAUGUCGAAGCGCAUUUGGCUUCUACGGUGUUUGGCAUUUUCACUUCACAACGACAUUACGAUCUUCCAAGUGAGGAAGAACAGCAGAUUCUCAGAAGUUUACAUGCAAUGCGUUACCGAAGAAACGUUGUUUUCUCCGGCGGACAUGAAUGAUUCCACCGUAGGAUCCGGGUCGGAGCCCCGAGUUCGGUUCACCGUCGUUCCGGGUUUCAAGAUUGGAGAGACGGUGGUACAGAGUCGGGUUUAUUUAUCGCCGCCGAGACGCUAAAGUCGAUGGCGGGUAGGAACUCGGAACGAAGGAGAUCGAUUGUUCGGACAAUCUCAGCCGUUAGGUUCUAAGCUUCCAUGACCGUUAGAUCAGAAUUGAUGCAGCGAACUGUAAACUAUUUUGAAUUUUUUUCAAUGAAUUGUAUAAAUAUCUGUAUUGUAAUAUACAGUCAGACAUAUG